UCUGACCCGGCACAGUCACUUAACCUCCUUGAGCCUCCUUUUCCGUAUCUGUGAAGUGGGGCCAGCAAUACCUGCCAUAGGUCAUUGUGAGGUUAAAGGAGAUACAAUGGCAGAGAAGACCUGCCUGGCACUCAGAAGCCAGUGCUAAGAAGUGGCAGGGAAAGAGUUGGAGCGGUGCCAGCAGCAGGCGAAUGAGGUGACGGAAAUCAUGCUCAACAACUUUGACAAGGUCCUGGAGCGUGAUGGGAAGCUGGCAGAGCUGGAGCAGCGUUCAGACCAACUCUUGGACAUGAGCUCAGCCUUCAGCAAGACAACCAAGACCCUGGCCCAGAAGAAGCGUUGGGAGAACACCCGUUGCCGGAUCUACUUGGGGCUGGUGGUGGGUGGUGGCCUGCUUGUCAUCCUGAUUGUGUUGCUGGCCAUCUUUCUCCCACAGAGCAGUGAGUGACAGCAGUAGUGCCCCCACAGACCCAGGAUGCAGGCACUGCCUCAGGGUAUGGGGAUUGACACGGCUGGGCCUGGGGGAGAGGCUGAAUGGACGCACUAGGCCAUUCUGGUCUCCGGGGAAUCAUGGUGUUUGCUCUCAUCUGAGCUAUCCCUGUGAGCACUGAAAGGCAGCCCCAGUGUGUGCACCUCUGCAUCUCCCAUCACAUCAUAGACUGGCCCUUGGGGGGCAGCCUGCUGUAUUGGCCAUGCCAGGCCAGUCCCACCUGGAGCUCAGUAAAAGCUGCUGUUUGAUUAGAA